AUGGAGGACGACUCCGAAUUCCUGCCGGGGGAAGAUGGGGCCGACGAUUACGAAGACCAGGACGAUGAGGACGAAGACGAUGACGAUGAAGACGGGGAUUACACCGAUGAUCCGGACGUGAACAUGGACGACAGCGACGAGGACCAGGACAUGUACGUCGUUGACGAGUUCGACGACAGUGACAGCGAUGUGCAGGAACUCGCACUGGACCCAACAGAGUUCAUGCAGCUCUUCUCCAUGUUCCACAGCAUCGAUAGCGACCAGGCCCGCCUAGCGCUUCAACGCCUCGUGAAUAGGGGAAUGAUAGGGAGGCUUGCGACACAAGACGUCGAGAACCGCCGCAAGUGUCGCUGGUGGAAGCCUCAGGUCGAGCCCCAUCCUAGAGGCUUGGCACUGCUGCGCUCGGGAGACUUUGGACCAACGGGGCCGUGGCGCACUGAGCGCACUCGUCCCGGAGAGCGGUACGCCUGGCGUGUGAGCCGGGAUCGUGCCCUUCGCCGCCCACACGCCGACCCUAUGAUCCCCAACUCGCACGGCACGGUUGUCGCUGAGUACGCCUCCGUGCCAUAUGUGGGCCAGUUCUGUGGACCGGAUCACAGUGUCUUUUACACGGCGACGCAGAACUUCAAGCUCUACCUCUAUGACAUGGUGGCCCCGAAGCACGAGAAAUGGCGCCGCGUCCGUGGUGGUGGCACGCAGGUCGUCACAGGUGGAUAUCCCGGUGUGGUAUCUGACGAGGACACUGAGGAGGAGGGGUGGCUGGGCGGGGGCCGGUGGAGCCGGCAUGCUGAGGCGGCAUCAAGUUUGCACACGCUCAAGACUGUGCAGGGAAUGGAAGGACGGUGGACAGUGACUGACGCGGACGCGGACCGCGCCGGCGAGAGGAUGAUAUACUCCUCUAUCACACCUGUCGUACACCUACUGAAGACGGACGACCAUGAUUCCGAGCACGUAGCGCUCGACUUUCGCGUUGGCCGGCACGACCACUUCGGGAUAUGGAGUGUGCGCUUCUCGGCGGAUGGCAGCGAGAUCGUGGCGGGCGUAUCGCAGGGACGCAUUAUGGUGUACGACAUCAAUGCCGGGCGGCGCACGCUUAAUGUCUUGGGUCACAGAGACGAUGUGAAUGCCGUGUGCUUCGCCGACGAGAGCUCGACGAAUAUUCUCGUAAGCGGCAGCGACGACGGUUACGUCAAGAUUUGGGAUAGGCGGUCGCUCUCGUCCAACAUCCCCUCUGGCGUGUUGUCAGGCGCGACCGAGGGCAUCACGUACGCUUCGCCGAAAGGCGACGGGCGCUAUGUGGUUGUCAAUUCAAAGGACCAGGCGGCGCGAUUAUACGACCUGCGCAAGAUGCGCAGCUGGAGCGAGUUCAGCCUUGAACCGGACGCGGUCAGCAUUCACGGCCAACGGCACUUUGACUACCGGAAUGAGCGCUACAUGAAGCCAAAACGCCUGGCCCACCCUCGCGACUGCUCGGUCAUGACAUACCGCGGCCACAGCGUGCUGCGUACACUUAUCCGGUGCCACUUCUCGCCGGACGAGUCUACCGGCCAAGCAUACAUCUACAGCGGGUCGGCGGACGGCCUCAUCCACAUCUGGAGCCUGGACGGGCGCAUUGUGCAGGUGCUGAAUCGGGCUGAGUCGGUGCCUCUCCGCAACGCGCGAGGCGGGUUCAACGAUCCGUCAGCGCCGGCGCCGCAAAAUGCGAGCGCACGCCCCAUGGGCCGCGGGUGGGUGGUGCGCGACGUAGCGUGGCACGCGCGCGAGCCCACGCUCAUGAGUACGUGCUGGGAGGUGGAGGGGAGGUUUAGGGAUCGGGGGAGUGUAGCGAAGCACGAGUGGAAGGGGCUCGGGAAGGGUGGGUUGAAGCUCGAGGAUUGGGUUGAGAAGGAGCAAGCGGAGAGGGCGGGGUAG